AAAAAAACUUUUGAUUGUCCGUGGGAUUUGUGAGGAAUGGAAAAGGGAAACAAACAAAGUAAUAAAUGGGUACAAGAGGAGGUUAGUAAUGAAAUAAAUAAUAGGGAAUUAGCUGAAGAAGAAAGUGUUGAUUGGAGAGGUAGACCAUCCAACCCUAGCAAGCAUGGUGGAAUGAGAGCUGCUCUCUUUGUUCUUGGAUUACAAGCCUUUGAAAUAAUGGGGAUAGCAGCAGUAGGGAACAACCUCAUAACAUAUGUGAUCAACGAAAUGCAUUUCCCUUUGUCUAAAGCGGCUAAUAUUGUCACCAACUUCGUUGGCACCAUCUUUAUAUUUGCCCUCCUCGGUGGUUACCUCGCCGACUCUUUCCUCGGCAGCUUCUGGACCAUCCUCAUCUUUGGCUUCGUUGAGCUUUCUGGUUUUAUACUACUAUCUGUCCAAGCACAUUUACCUCAACUAAAGCCACCAAAGUGUAGCCCAUUGAUAAACCAAAGCUCAUGUGAAGAGGCAAAUGGUUUAAAGGCACUAGUUUUCUUCACGGCACUCUACUUGGUGGCUUUAGGAAGUGGCUGCGUGAAACCAAACAUGAUAGCUUAUGGUGCGGACCAGUUCUCUCAGUCGCAUCCUAAACAAUCUAAAAGACUCUCAUCUUACUUCAACGCCGCCUAUUUCGCCUUCUCCUUGGGCGAGCUUAUCGCGCUCAGUCUCCUGGUUUGGGUCCAAACUCAUUCGGGCAUGGACGUUGGAUUUGGAGUCUCUGCUGCAGCUAUGACUAUGGGCCUCAUUAGCAUAGUCUCCGGCACAAUGUAUUUUCGUAACAAACGUCCACGUCGAAGCAUCUUCACUCCUAUUGCCCAAGUUGUCGUGGCUGCCAUAUCAAAAAGAAAGUUUGUCUCUCCCUCAGACCCAAAAAUGCUUCAUGGAGGCCAUCAUGCCACAAACGACGUCUUACCAUACCCAAAAAUACCAUACACUCCUCGCCUCAGGUUCUUGGACAAGGCAUGCAUCAAAAUCCAAGACACAAACACAAAGGAAAGUCAAUGGAGGCUUUGCACGGUAUCCCAAGUAGAGCAAGUGAAAACCCUAAUUUCACUUGUCCCAGUCUUCGCCAGCACUAUCGUCUUUAACACCAUCCUAGCUCAACUCCAAACGUUUUCAGUCCAACAAGGAAGUUCCAUGAACACUAGUCUCUCAAAUUCAUUCCACGUUCCUCCGGCUUCACUCCAAGCAAUCCCUUACAUAAUGCUCAUCUUCCUUGUCCCUCUCUACGACUCCCUAUUCGUUCCUUUUGCGCGUAAGCUCACUGGACAUAGUUCAGGUAUUCCUCCAUUGACUCGGAUAGGAGUUGGACUGUUCUUCUCCACUUUCUCCAUGGUUUCAGCUGCCUUGCUUGAAAAGAAGCGUAGAGACUCUUCUGUUCUUGACGGUAGAAUCUUGAGUAUCUUCUGGAUCACGCCACAGUUCUUGAUCUUUGGGAUCUCCGAGAUGUUUACUGCCGUUGGCUUGAUCGAGUUCUUUUACAAACAAUCUACAAAGGGCAUGGAGUCCUUCUUAAUGGCUUUGACUUACUGUUCGUAUUCCUUUGGUUUUUACUUUAGCUCGGUGCUCGUUUCGGUCGUGAAUAAGAUUACUUCCACGUCUGUUGACUCCAAAGGGUGGCUUGGGGAGAACGACCUGAACAAGGACAGGCUCGAUUUGUUUUAUUGGCUUUUAGCGGUUCUCAGUCUACUGAACUUUCUUAGCUAUCUAUUUUGGUCUCGUUGGAACGUUAAGUCUUCGAGAAGCAACAACUCUAACGUGGUGGGAGAUGAGAACAUUUAGCUUAAUGCAUAAUAUAUGUACAAUAAAUAUAUAUCAUAUCACCUUAACAUCUCCAGCAUAUAAUUAAUAUGAAUAAGUUAUUAGGUUAACCCUUGUACUAUUUUCUUUUCUAGAAGCUGAAUAUGAUCUUGCGUCCUCUUUUAAUAUAUAUCUUAUAUGGAAUUUUC